AUGAACACGGCCAGCGUCUACGCGUCCCCCUACGAGCCGAAUCCCGAAUUGUUUCUCACCGAUGAUUCUGAGGCGGUGCUUGACGCCAGCUCUCGAAGCAGGGCUUCUUCAUCCCCGGAGGCAAAUUCGGCUCAUGAUUCGGCGUCAAUGUCACCGGAAGGCGCUGUGAAGGACGAAAGCGUAGUACUCGAAGAUGAUGAACCGGUCUACGCCAACCUAGCCGAGAUGCCCGCAAGACCGAUGGGUUUUCUGCCCGACACGCCGAAGCCGGGGCCGUGCGAUCAACUGAGACGGGUUUUGCUGAAUGGAUGGGCGGAAUAUAUGAGUGAGGGCGGAAGACCAUAUUUCUUCAACGCCGAAACGGCGCAAUGUCAAUGGUGCCCACCACGACUAAUGCGAUCACCAUCAGAAGUGAAGGCGUUCCUUGAUGCUACAAAACACCUAGAUGACGCCCUCCCAAAAUGUUCAAUUGAUGAAUCGUUCGACUCGGUGGCCAGUGAUACGGAUUUCGAAGAGGUCAGUCCACUGGAUGCCCGCGGAGCCCUGGAAGAGUCGAUCAUUAAGGGAGCAUCUGACCAAGAGGACGUUGUUGAAGUGGCGCGAAAGGAUAGCGGCGAAAUCAAACACAUGCUGCUCCACAAUCCAAAUUUUACCGACGGGCGACCGCCGUCAUUUGUUACACGAAAUCGAGGGUCGUUGAAGCAGGUUUUCCCACCCGAGGUUCCAUCUGCAAAAAUAUCUAUACCUUCCACUUCCGGGACCGCGGACUACGAUACCCCAUCUUCGAGCUAUCCACCCCGGGAUGAUGCGCUGGCUAAUAUCGACGUGCCCCGGCCCGUAAGACAAGGCUCUAUGGAGAGAAUGGUCUCGGAAAAGGCGCGUAAAAGGGAAUGGGCGUCGUGCUACUUCUUCCUCUCCACGGCCCAUUUGCUUGUGUACAAGGAUCAGCGGAGUGCAGAGAAACAAGGAAAACACUAUGACGCACCGUUGUUAGCGAUCGAUUUGCGAGGCGCCUCCAUCAGCUGGGUGGUCGAGCGGGAGAAGCGGAAACGAAGAGUCUUCCAGCUCGUACUGCCACCUUGGAUCCCGGCACUGUCGAACCCUUCCCCGCUGCUGCUGCGCUCGCAAUCUGACGUGCUCACCGAGCAGUGGUUCGACGCCAUCCGCCAGGUCAUCGCGCAUCUGCCAACCAUCGAUGCAGCGUCCGGCCCCUCUACGAUGGUUCUGCCCACCUCCGUCAUCAAGAACCCCAGCGCCUCGCUGAUGCAGCGCCCCCAUUCAACGUAUAACGUCUCCACAAAGAAGCGCGAUCCGAGAAUGGACCCGAUGAGCGCGUCGGCCUACGAGGCGCCGCCAUCUUCGCUUGCUCCUCCCCCUCCUACCUCAAAUGAUCCGGCCCCCUCCAAGCAGACGAUCAUCAACAAAUUGCUCAAAUUCCUUCGCUCACGCCCGACCGUCGAAUCACUAAAAGAGAAGGGCAUCUACAAACCGGAACCGGUGUUCGGCUCGACGUUGAGUGCCAUCUGCCAGCUCGAAAACUCGCUGGUGCCUCGCUUCAUCCAGGUGGUCAUCGAGCUGAUUGAGAGCAAGGGACUUGAGGUCGACGGGCUCUACAGGGUCAGCGGCAAUCUAUCGUCCGUGCAAAAGAUUCGAUGCCACGUCGACCAGAAUCGAUACCAGGCCCUGGUAGCGGAAGAUGACAUUCAUGUACUUACCGGAGCGCUUAAGUUAUUCUUCCGUGAACUCGCCGAGCCCGUCUUUCCCACCAAGAUGUCGAAGGAGUUCAUCGCCACCAUGCAGCUCGCCACGACGCCCCAGAAGCUGAAGCGGCUGAACGAGCUGUUGAAGCAGUUGCCGCCCGAGAAUCGCGAGACGCUCAAAAUGCUCUUGCGACAUUUAUGCCUUGUGGACAAGCACUCGGCCGAAAAUCGUAUGCAAAUUCACAACUUGGCGCUGAUGUUCGGCCCGACGCUUUUUCAAACUGGCGACGAGCGGCCUGCGGCGGGCAGCAAGGACAAGAAGCCAAAGGAUAAGAAGAAAAAGGGAAAGGAAGAACCCCCUCCUCCGGCCGCCUCAAAUUCGCACCUCGCCUUCCGGAUGAUAAUGCAGGGUCGAAUCGUGGAAUUCCUGCUAAAAGAAGGCUCGGCGUUGGAAUCCCUCCAAGGACCCGUCAAAUUACAGCCA